AGAAAUUAGUGUUUUCCUGAGCGGCCCUGAAGGUAGCACAGUCCAUCAACACGGUCGUGGACAUAAACAUAUGCGCCGUCCAUGCAAAGCAUAGCACGCACCGUUCUGUCCUUCACGAAGGCGGAAUGGACAGAAUCUCCGGUGUCGUGGACUUCAUUCUCAACCCAGCGAAACCAAGGGUGAGUCCUGGCUCAACAUGACAUUGAUCCAACCGGAAAAGAAGCACAGAAAGGACUCUGCCCACCAACAGCCGUGGCGCCUUGUCCGGCCAGAGACGCUAUGGGUAGUGCUUCGCAACACGGUGCUGACCACCGUCUCUGUCCUAUGUUACGCCAACUCUCUUCAUGGGGAGUUGGUACACGACGAUAUGUGGGCGGUGGUCAACAACCCAGAUGUCCGAGCCGGCUCCAGUGUCUUGAACAUCUUUAGCAACGACUUCUGGGGCAAGAAGAUGUGGGACAACGCGAGCCACAAGUCCUACAGACCGCUGUCCAUACUCACCUUCAAGUUGAACAUCUUGUUAGGCGGUCUGACUCCAUUAUAUUUCCACAUUGUCAACGUGUGCUUGCACUGCGCCGUGACCUGCCUGCUCAUGCACACAUGUCACCGCUGUGUGUUUAAAGACUCCCGUCUGGCCUUCAUCACAGCUUUGCUCUUUGCUGUGCACCCUGUCCACACUGAAGCUGUGUCUGGUGUGGUGGGCAGGGCAGAUGUUUUGGCCUCCUUGCUGUUUUUGAUGGCUUUUCUGGCCUAUACGAGAAGUGUGGAUGUGUGUCUUUCUAAAGACUCCCUGCCGUCCACCGUCUCCGUGUGGUCCCUCUUCUUCAGUUUGCUGCUGGGCACCUGUGCCAUGCUGGUGAAAGAAACGGGCAUUACCGUGUUCGGAGUGUGUGUUUUUUAUGACACACUUGUCCUGUGCCGCAAGCCCCUCAUUAGUCAGCUCUGUAGUUCCAGACGAACAAACCUCCUCUACGGUCCUUUCAUUAAACGGACCUUUGUAUUAUCUGGAUAUGUUAUCAUUAUCAUGUCUGUCAGACUGUGGCUUAUGGGGGGAUCCAUGCCUCUUUUCUCUGAGCAGGACAACCCUGCUUCCUUCUCUCCUCAUCUGCUCACCAGGACUCUGACCUACUCCUACCUUCUGUCCUUCAAUGCUUGGCUGCUGCUUGCCCCCAUAGUGCUCUGUUAUGACUGGCAAGUGGGCAGCAUUCCCCUGGUGGAAUCUGUAGUCGACUUGCGCAACUUGGCCACAAUGCUGAUGGCUGUUUUGAUGGUUUCUUUGUGUCUGACCUCUAUCUUCUUACUACAGAGACAAGACAGUAGAGAAGUGUUAAUGGGGUUGUUGUUUUUGGUGUUUCCCUUCAUUCCUGCAAGUAACCUCUUCUUCAGGGUCGGCUUUGUCGUGGCUGAAAGGAUUCUCUACAUGCCAAGCAUGGGCUACUGUAUCCUCGUGGCUUAUGGCUUCAGUAAGCUGUGUUCAAUGGUAGGCCGAUGGGGGAACGCAGUCCUCACUGCCUUCAUGCUGCUUCUGCUCCUGCUGUUCUCCUUGAAGACAAUCCAACAGAACUACGUUUGGGUGUCCAGGGAAGCACUCUUCAGGUCUGGAAUCCAGACAUUGCCUCACAAUGCUAAAGUUCACUACAACUAUGGCAAUUUCCUGAAAGACAGUGGUCGGCACGAUGAGGCGAUUCACCACUACAAUACUGCCUUAAGACUUUAUCCUCGACAUGCUAGUGCCUUGAACAAUUUGGGAACUCUUACACACUCUCCGGAGGAGGCUGAGAAAUACUACAGGAGAGCACUUGACACCAACCCUCAACACAAUAGAGCCCUUUUCAACCUGGGGAACCUCCUAAAGAUGCAGGGCAAAGAAAAGGAAGCCGAAACGUUGCUGAUGGACUCCAUACGCUUUGGACCACAUUUCGCUGAUGCUUACUCCAGUCUCGCAUCACUCUAUAUUGAGCAGAAACGAUUGGCUGAAGCCGAUGAAUUGUAUCUGAAAGGCAUAAAGAACUGUCCAGACAACUCAGACCUGCAUAAUAAUUAUGGAGUGUUUCUGGCUGACACAGGAGAAGCCGAACAAGCUGCAAGUCAUUACCAGCAAGCAGUCCAGCUCAAACCUUCACACUAUGUGGCCAUGGUAAACCUGGGCCGUCUGCUCCGGGCCUCCAACGAUAACAAAGCAGCAGAAUAUUGGUACAAGAGGGCACUGCAGGUCACGAGAAAGGUUGACAUCUUGACACCACUUGGAGCGCUGUACUACAACACAGGACGUUACGAAGAGGCCCUGCAGGUUUACAGAGAGGCUGCAGCCCUACAGUCGGACAGCAUUGACAUCUGGCUGGCUUUGGUUCAGGUGUUGGUGAUGGCUGGUUAUACCGAUGAUGCUGAGAAGAUGACCCUGGACAUCAUAUCCAGAGAAGGCAGCUGUAUUGAAUGUUACCGUCUUCUGUCUGCCAUCUACAGGAAGGGUGGAAACUUAACACAGGCCUUAGAGGCCCUGGACCGGGCCCUGCAGUUAAACCCCACUGAUACGGCAGUGAGAGCGGAGCUGCAUUUUUCCAAAGGAAACCAUCUCAGAGAGAUGAACCAGUUAGAUCAAGCCUUCGAGAGCUAUAAACUAGCUGUUGAACUCAACCCUGACCAGGCCCAGGCCUGGAUGAACAUGGGAGGAAUCAAACACAUCGAGGGAGACUUCGCCGCAGCCAGGCAGUACUAUCAGCAAGCCCUGCAGCUGAGCCCCGAUUCAACACUUCUGAAGGAAAACUUGGCCAAACUCGACCGUCUAGAAAGGAAACAAGCAGCAAGAGCUUAGGAUUCCACAACAAAGACUACACCGUACUGGGUUUAGGCAUUUAGGCACAACAUUUGGGGAAUUUUGCUGUGUACGGAUCCCAGAGGUGACAUGGUGAGAAAAAAAAAUCUCUGCGGAAUCUUGUAAAACAUUCGCAAAAUUUCACUAGUGGAAGCCCGUGUUACCUUCAUGUAACACUCUAAAGCUCGAAUUUUACAUAAAAAUGUAAAAACAGAUCAUGGCUUUAAUAGUUUGUUAAAAAAAAUAAUAAUGUAUUUAUUUAUACAUUUAAAACAUUUAAAAUUAACAAGGCUAUAACUUUUCCAAAGUAAUGUGGAAAUCUUGUUAAAUUGCAGUUAUUUUUGUUUGUCAACAAUGAUAGGUUAGCACUUCCCUGGCCAGCAGGUGGUGCUAAGUAUGCAUUGAGGUCCUGUCUCCAUGGCCAAAGUUACAACCUUAUAAAUAAAUAAAAGAAUUAAUCUUCUGGAGACAACAUUUAAAAAAAAAAAUCUUUCGUUUUAUGAAAUAAACUUCUAUAAAGUAUUUAAAAAGUACUCGAGAUUAAUUUUAGGAGGUCAUUCUUGAAAAGAAGACAUUUUCAAUUUUUUUUAAAGGCUUUAAUAGCAUUGAUCUAUACAAACAUAGUCUGUGUAGAAGAUUGCUGAACAAGGAUUAGUCCAGAGGUCACCGGGAAGAGCAGCAUGAACUGUACAAAAUCAAUAUUUGGGAGACAGAAUUCAUCAAACAGUGGAACAUGCUUAAACCCGAGGACAGGGCAUCUCGAUCUCAAGACUGCAGUCUGGACCAGACUCUGGAGUCCAUCCAGAUCCAACACAUAUCAGAUACAGAGGAUGUUUCAGUCGCAUAUUUCAAAGACCAAAAAGUUGACCAUGAAAAUGCACUUGUACUGCAAAUUGUCUUUGUUUUGUCCUAAUCCAGCAUAAAGCCAUUGUGUUUGACUUGCACAGAAUAUGAUGACGAGAUCGUACCACAGCAGUUUAACCAAUGAAUAUAUAUUUUGUAUGUUGCGUUAACGUUGUAUGUUUGUAUGUGCUAAAGCAUGAAGUAUGAACAAAAACAAAAAUGUGAUUGAAAAAGGUGAGUUCAUUAAACGUUAUUGUGGUCUGGA